CAGUACGGUGUGAGAUUUAACACCGUAUUCCUCUUUAAUUUUUCACCAUUAGCGUACCAUUUUCCUCGAGAAUGAAAAGCUGUUUGCGCGGAUCUAUUUUAAAGACUGGUGGUAUGUCUUGAUAGAAAAAAAAUUCAAUUCAUUUUUGGCGAAAUCUGGCGUUGUCACCGGCUCUGCAAUAGUGUUACACUUGAAAUCUUCAGGAUUCAUUUGCUAUAGCAUCGUGGAAUUAUGUUUCAACCAAAGAAAACAGAAGAAGUUGAAAGUGACUCUGACUGGGACAGCCUUCCUGGAGAUGUCCAAGAACCAACCUCUAGCCCUGAUUCAACUCCCAGACACCAACCAGCCCCUCCACCUCAUUCUCCAAAGGGGCAUGUUUCUCAGAAGAGACCUCAGAUUAAGUCACAGGCAGCAACCCCAGAGAAAAACUCAAUAACUAAUUCACCAGUAACACAGCCCAUAUCCAAACCUGGGACACCUGCAUCAAACAGACCAAGUCAGCUAUAUGGUAAACCUGGAAUUACCACCUUUGUCGACAGGAGCUUGAAUGCUGACAGUGGCUUGGAGAAUCGUCAGAACAAGGAGCUGAGCCCAGAUAUGAAUGAGAAUAGAUUGCAGCAAGACAGACUGGGAAGACAAAAUGAAGGAAUCCAUUUAGAAAUGAAUGAAGUGGAUCAUUAUGGACAUAAUCCACCAUUUACAGAUUUUCAAGCCAAUCUCCCUAAACAAAAUGCUGGAAAACUUACACAAAGUGAGAAACCUAAGGUGGGAAAAGUCAAGUCAUCUUAUUUGACAACCAAGCAAGCAAAUCAUGGGAACCAUUCUUGGGAUUCUGACAGUGAACAAGAGCAAGAACUUGUGUCACAUAGCAGAGAACCAUUGACACCCCGCCAAAAAAAUUCCAAAGCAGAUAACCAUGAAGAAAAAAUUGUACACCCAGAACAUGAAACAGCCAUAGUAGAGAAUCAUGACAAGGUUCUGAGUUUAGAAACAUGCUGUGUGCCUCUGGAAAGUGAAAGAAAAAUAAGUGGGUGUUCAUAUUAUUUUGAUCACGGUCACAACCAUCAUCUUGAUGUUAGACCAGAAUGGAAAGAAGCUUACAUGAAAGGAGUAGCAGACAGAUCUGAAAAAUGGCUUCACUAUUUCUGGCAGGAGUUUUUCAGUGCAGUUCGCAUCAUCACUGACUUUGCAUUUAUCUUUGUAUUGGAACUAUUACGGUUUGUCUUCCACUAUGUUUUGCUCCGCAUACUUGGGGGAAUCAUCAUUGUGGUUGGAGAUCAUUUCUUAAAACCAUACUUGGCUCUGGUUUUUAACCGCAUUAUUCAACCUACCUUGAUUUUCACACGGAAUGUUUUAACUGGCAUUAGAAACCUUUUACAACCAUUAAUGGACAUCAGUAGUGUCUUUAUCGCACAGCUGGGUUCCUUACUGAGGGCAUUUAGGCUGUUUGAACUUAACUGGAAACCAGUGUAUGAAAGAGGACAAAAGCAUGAUGUCCAUGUAUUGUAGUUACUGCUGAUGAUGAGAGCAAACUGAAAGGAUCAGGGAGCUAGGCUCAGCUGUUAAGGAUGUUGAGCAGAUUUGUUGUGUUCGAGCACAUUGUGCCUAAAAAUUUAUUUUACUUUGUUUAUUAAAUUUUAAACCAUUUUACUC